AUGGAUAACCAAACUACAGCACAGACCGUCAGUUCGGUUGGAGGUGCUGGAGGAAGUAGCAAAGUGGUCACAAAAACAGUAACUACAACCACAAGACUGACAUCACAAAGUAAGUUGUGUCUCAAAGGGUCAGUUGCAAAAGCUGCAUCAGGAAGCUCAGGAGGCACGAGCAGCUCGGUUUUGAUCACAUCCAGUAGCUCACACUCUUCCAGCUCAGCUGGAUCAGGAAUCAUCAGUGUCACUACUAUCGGAGCAUCUUCUUCCUCUUCUUCCUCUGCUGUAUCCUCAGGAGGAGGAAGUUCUGCAGCUUCUGGAGGCUCAGCAGCAGAGCUGAAGGCUGCUGCAGGAGGUUCUUCCAGCAUGUCCUCUGGAUUUGUGAGCAGCAGUAGGGAGGUAAAAAGAGAAGGGGGUCUUGGUGCUGUGACAGUUUCAACAGUCACGAAGACCAGCUACAGCUCUGGAGGAUCCGGGGAAGCAAAAAAAGGAUCAUCCUCAGUGGUCACGCACUCACCAGUCCCAAAAGAGAGGAAGACCACCACCACCAUGGCAGCGGCUCUGUCAGAGGUCUUUGACGAGAGUUCAAGUACAAACUCAUCUCCAGAGUACAACAGGAAGGAGUACGGUAUGUUUAUUACAACUUCAACUUCUGCCACCAGAGGGAGAGCUCAGAGCAGAGAGAGUGAGAUCAGAACCAGGCUUCAGAGUGCUUCACCUACAGCAUGCUGGACUGAGCUAGAUGAUGUGAAGCGUCUGCUGAGAGGUAACCGCUCCACCAGCACCAGCGCCAGCCCUAGCCCUCCUCGGUCCCCCAACAACACCCUGCCUAUCCCCAAGAAGGGCAGCGUGGAGACCAGGACCAUGUCUGAGAGCUCCACCACAGCGGAGCACUACGGCAGCAUUUGGUCUGGAGGUGUGAGCAGCAGCUACAGUUACAACACAAACCCCAACAACCUUGCUACCGGCUCCACCCUUUACCAGUCAGGAGGAGUUCAGAACAACCUGACGUUCAGCUCUCCCUCAGUGAAUGGUGGGCUCUCUGCAGGCGGCUCUGUUCCUGUCUAUGGACUUCAGAAUAAUCUGUCCAGUACCACCAGCGCAGCUCUGCUCACUUCAGCUGGAACAGGUGCUCCAAUGGUUUACGGUGUGCAGAAAAAUGCGUCAGGCCCUGGAUUGAGUCCAACCACAGUGAGACCCAGCAGUCCUGUUACUGAGGAGUCCUCUGGGAAAGACUUUAAGUUUGUGCUGAUAGAGAAAGAGAACGCUCCGGUGAAGAAGGAGACAGAACGGCUGAUUAUGACCAAAGACACGGGGAAGCAGUUCAUGUCCGCUGCUCCUGCUCCUGUUUCUGCCACGUACUCUGAGGACUCACUGAAGAGAGAGAAACAGAAGCUCUCGUCCAGCACAGUGGAGGAAGGAACGGAUACUAAAUCUGCAUCACUGAAAGUAUCCACAAAAGACAAAGCCACCUAUGCAGAGAUCCGUGAAGAUAAGUCAGGGCUUGGUUUCUUAUCCUGCUGCAGCUGGUGGAAGUGGCUUCUGGGCCUUCUGCUCAGCCUGCUCCUCCUCCUUGGACUCCUCUUUGGCCUCAUCGCUGUGGGUGAGGAAAUGAAACAUCUGAAGAACCGUGUCGAUGCCCUGGAAGCCAUCGUUGGUACAGCAUCAGCCCGAACCAGCCGCCUGUCGUCCUCCCCUGGUGUCAAUAUCAUUGACCCACUGGACUCGUCGUACAUAGAAAGGUCCUCUGCUGGCUCCACUCUGACUCGCUCUGAUAACAACAUCAACCUGGGAGCUGCUGGACCGGGAGCAGGCACAGGGAGUGGACCGGGAGCAGGACCAGGACCAGGAGUGGAUAAUGUUGCUCUACAGAGAACUGUGCAGCAGCUGGUCAGAGCUGAGCUCCGCUCGGAUGUUAUCAGAGACACACUGGCAUACUCAUUGAAAGGAGAGAAAGGAGAUCCAGGACCUAAAGGUGAUCCUGGGCAGCUCGGACAGAAAGGUGACAGUGGAUUUCCUGGCCUACCUGGUCCUCCAGGCCAGAUGGGUCACCCAGGACUGGAUGGACCACGAGGGCCAAAGGGAAGUGCAGGUGAAGCAGGUGCUGAGGGACCACCAGGACAGAGGGGCCGGGAGGGACCAAUGGGCCCUCGUGGAGAAGUUGGACCCCCAGGAAUUGGAGAGAAAGGAGAGAGAGGUGAGGCAGGACAUCCUGGUCCUUCUGGUGUUGCUGGACCUGUGGGGCCCAAAGGUGCCAUGGGUGAGCAUGGAGCCUCAGGAAGCCCAGGUGCUCCAGGUGGAAAAGGAUUCCCAGGAGAACCUGGAGCUCCAGGGCCAAAAGGUGAUCGAGGAACAGCAGGGCUGCCAGGAACCAAAGGAGAUCUGGGAGAGAGGGGCUCACGUGGACCAGCAGGUGAACCAGGACAACCUGGACCUCAAGGCCCUCCUGGAGCAAAGGGAUCUAAAGGAGUCACUGGUGAAGCAGGUUCAAUGGGACCUCCUGGAGCAAGAGGACCACCAGGAACUCCUGGAGAUGCUGGGUCCCCAGGCAUUACUGGACCCCAAGGACCCCCUGGUCUUGCUGGAAAUCCUGGACAGCCUGGCGCUCAAGGUGAACCAGGAGUACCUGGUAAAGUUGUUGGUCCAAUUGGCUCUGAUGCUGUGUCUAUUCCUGGACCUCCUGGGCCUGCUGGGCCUCCAGGCCCUCCUGGAAGUCCUGGUUUGUCUGGUCCCAUCGGCCCUGCUGGUGUACCUGGACAGCCUGGUCCCAAAGGAGCGGCCGGGGAGAAAGGUGAUAAAGGUGAUAAAGGUGAUAAAGGAGGAAAAGGAGACAAAGGAGAACCAGGGGAGAAUGGAGAGCCAGGAAAACCCGAAACAGACAGCUCCUCAGGGGCUGGACAGCCUGGUCCACCUGGACCUCCAGGACCUCCAGGGCCUCCCGGAGAGCCUGGUCCUCAAGGUCCUGCUGGUGAGUCCAAAGAAGGUCCUCCAGGACAGAGAGGUCCUCCAGGGGAGCCAGGUGUUGGUGUGCCUGGACCUCCAGGUGAGAAAGGAGAACCUGGCAGCUUUGUGCCUACCUCGGAAUCCUUCUUUGCUGGACCACCAGGACCUCCAGGACCCCAAGGCCCUCGGGGUCCACCUGGUGACCAAGGACCACAAGGAUAUCAAGGGGAACCAGGUCAACCAGGCCUACCAGGAAGUCCAGGGGAGGCCAGUGUUGGUUUCCCAGGUCUACCCGGAACGAUUGGCCCAGCGGGUCCUCCAGGCCCAGCAGGUCCUAAAGGCGAUGAUGGAGACCCUGGCAGCCCUGGUGCCCCAGGAUUCCCUGGAGCGCCUGCAGGCCCCCAAGGUCCCCCAGGACCUCCUGGUCCACCAGGCAGGGAUGGAAGUGGGUCUGGAUCAACUGAUGUAGGACAGUACAUUGCAGAAUAUUUACAGAGUGGUGACGUCAGGAAUUACCUUGCCGGACCUCCUGGUCCUCCUGGUCCUCCAGGGGCCCCAGGGGACGGGUCGGUUGAUGAUCUGGCCAAUAGAGUUCUCGCCUACAUCCACAGUAGAGGGUAUGAUGGGACUCCUGGCCCUCCUGGUCCUCCUGGUCCACCUGGCUCCGCCUCUGUCAAUGACAUUGUCAGCCUAUUACAACGAGAGGAUGUGAGGAGAUACAUGGAAGGUCCUCGCGGUCCACCAGGACCUCCUGGAGCUCCAGGUUCUGGCGCUGGCACCUACGUCAACACCCAGGAAGUAGCGGAACAUGUCUUAAGCCUUAUGAAUGGGCAUAUGGGUGCCCAAGGUCCUCCAGGACCUCCCGGAGCUCCAGGUAUUCCUUCUGGACUUGGGGGCCAACAAGGACCUCCUGGUGCCCCAGGUUUCCCUGGGCCACCUGGACCACCAGGACCCCGUGGACCACCAGGAUAUACCAACAUCAUCAGCGGAGACAUUCGAGAUUACUUACAGAGUGUUUCCUACAGAGGCCCUCCUGGACUGGCUUCCUUAGCUGAACACAGAGACAGAGAUAUGCUAAGAGCAGAGCAACAGGAAUACAUCAAGGGUGAUGACUUGGCAGGAGCUAUGUUUGGACUUCCUGGUCCACCAGGCCCUCCUGGACCCCCAGGACACAAGGGAGACCCAGGUGUACCUGGCAGCCUGGACUCUGGAGACUACUCCAACAUGGCUGCUAAAGUAACUGAUUACAUCAAAUCCCAUGGUCUGCUCCAGGAUGUUGUUAGAGGCUCUGAACGGGUUGUUCAGGGACCUCCAGGACCUCCUGGACUUCCAGGAGUGCCAGGGCACAGCCAGUGGAUCAGCUCUAGAGAAGAUAUUGCAGAUGUGGUAGAAUACAUCAGAUCCCAUGGUAUUCUCCAAGGACCUCCAGGACCUCCAGGUCCACCUGGAUACAGCCGAUUGUUUGGCCCCCAUGGAAAUGCCACAGAUCUCAUUGAAUACAUCAAAUCUCAUGGUCUGCUGCGUGAUAUUGAGCGGAACUCCAAUGAUCGUGUCAUCCAAGGACCACGGGGACCACCUGGCCCUCCAGGUCCCCCCGGAUACAGCCGAUUGUUUGGUUCUGACACAAACGUCACAGAUUUAGUAGAAUACAUCAGAGCACAUGGAGCCAUUGUAGGACCACCUGGGAGGCCAGGACAGAAAGGAGACAUAGGAUACCCAGGGCCAAAAGGAGAGAAAGGUGAACGAGGUCUUCCUGGACCUGAAGGACGUAGAAGACAAGACGGUGGCAGAGGUCAGUUCAUAUGA